AGGACAGUUGAAGGGAUCCUGCGCUCUCCCUGUUGAAAGUGAUGCGUCGCUCCAUAGGCAGCACGUUGUGUGUAACAUAGUAUAUUAGGACCGAUCAGCGAGUGGCACAGCGUUGACCGAGGGCAGGCUUCAGCAGUUCCGAGAAAUGCUCAGCGACAGGGCAACGGCGCGCGCCCGCGCGACCCUGCCGGCCGCGCCUGCGCCGCAGGCGCACGAGGUGACGCUUCAAUUCACAAAGCAGUACGACGCCGCGACGCGCAGCACGCUGCCCGGCAGCUGCCUGUGGCGCUUCGGCGCGACUGGCCACACACAGCUGGGCUUUGACUGCGAGAACGCGGCCCUGCUGCUGCAGCACCACCAGCUGCAGCCAGCUUCCGCUGGCUACCGGACCCACGAACGCCUGGCAGCGGGCAGCUGGCGCCUGCGUGGCGUGGGUACGGCGCCUGCUGGCGGCGGCCGCAAGGCCAUGACGGUGGUGCGCGUCAGCGCGGGUGAGACUAACCGCCAAACCGCUUUUGUCGUUGUCCGCAUCAACGGGCAGAUGUUCGCGGUGUCGGCAGACCUGCUGGUCGCGCCUUUGGAAGGCGGCCCCACUGGGCCCCACAAGCAGCAGCCGCUGGUGACGUCAGCUGGCGACAUCGGGGGCAGCAGCGUCAGAGGCGUCACCGUCGGCGGGAGCGCCAACACCACCACCAGCGGUGGCGAUCGAAAUGCGACCCAAUUUAUGCACUGCGUGCUGCUGUCGGCGGUUGCGCCGCUCUUGCGCGCCGCGGCGAGCGCUGCAGGCUGUAGCGACGGCAGCGGAAACGCGGUGCAGGCUCCCACCGCGGCCCACAUCACCCGCUGUGACGUUUACCUCGGGGAGGUUAACCUGCACGGUUACGUCGUGCAUCUUCGGCUAGUGCCGGACCCGGCGCUAGCGCCCCAGCGGCAGUCCCAGCUGGUGCCGGCAGCCGGCGAAAUGCAGCCGGCGCGGCAGCCGCUGCAGGCGCAGGUGCAGGCGCCGGCGGCUAGGGCACUGCUGCCGGCAGCGGCGGCGGCACAGCUAAAUUUUGGGGUGCCGCACAGGUGCGCGCAGGUGCAGGCACAGGUGCCAGCGCAGGCGGCGGCAGAAGGAUUCCAUGCGCAGGUCGGUACAGGGCCGAUUGAUCAGGCGGGUGCGGCUGCAGCCGUGGCUGACCCAGAUGCGGCGGAGGCUUGUGCAGUAUUCCCACUGGCGCAACAGCCCCAGCCUGUAGCAGAGCGGCGGCAGCUGCACAAGCCAACGGGCCUUGAGCCCAGGCCAUGUGGCGAAUUUGCGGCUCUGGUGGCGGCGGCGGUGACGGUAGCAGAUCCGUCCGCGACUGCUGCUGGUGUGUCCAACACUGCACCUGCCGCACCUGGUGCCGCCGCAGCUACAGCGCAGGCAGAGGUUGCUCGGCAUGCCGCCCCGUGUGAAGGCGGCAGUAGCAGUGAUGGCAGCAGCAGCCUGGACCUGAGCAACCUCCUGCUACAGCCAGCCAAGCUGCUAGCCGUGGCUGCUACUGCGUGGCCCGCGACCACAGCAGCUGCAGCAGCGCCGGCAAUGGUGGCGAGCGCGGCGGCUGGGCGAGUGGGCCCAAGCCCAAACCACACGGUGUUUGUGCGGCUGUGCAGCUCCAGUGAGCUACUGCCGCUCCCGCAGCAGCUGUGUCCUCUUGGGGAAGAAUUAGGGCCAGUGGAGACCACAGAGGUGCAACACCAGAGCGUUCCGGGAGGCAGCGGGGGUGCGCUGCUAGGUGACGGUUGGGCCUUCGAGCCGCAGGCGCCAGGGCAGUGCUGCAUUCGGUUGCUGUCACCGGCCGGCCGCCUGCAGUGCGCCGCCUCUCAGGCCGUGUUCGUGGCUGUGGAUCUGGAGGAGGAGGCUGGGCCCACAGCCAGCGGCAGUAGCAGCAGCACGUCCGCACAAGCAGGCGCGCAGCCGCCAACGCAGCUACAGCCGCUUUGGGCGCGGCUGCGUGUGGACUCAGCCCGGGGGCACUGGGCUCUGGCGCUGCCGUCGGACGUGGCGUCCCAGCGGCUGCUGCGGCCACCGCCGCGGCCAUUCGGGGGGCCGGACUCAGGGUACGAGGAGCCGCAUCAGCAGCAGGAGCAGCCAGCCGUGCUACAGCCUGGUACGCUUGGGGCCCCGGAGGGGCUUGGGUGGCGGUCCGGUGCGUGCGUGGAGGUGCGCAGCUGCUCGGCGCAUGUCGUGACACUGCACGCGCCGCGACUGGAGCGACGGAAGGACCAGAAACAGGAGGGUGCGGCUACAGCGCGCGGUGGCGUGCCAGGCGCCAGCAGCGACGCGAUCCCAGGGGCUGUCAAUGGGCGGCCUGUGCUGCUGCUCACGCUGCGGCUACGGCAGCUGCGUGGCGGCACGACAGCAGAGGCAUCAGCGGCAGUGCAGCCGGCAGGCAUAGCCUCCGGCAUGAUGCCUGCUCCUCCUCCUUCUGCUCCGCAGCUGCUGCUCAGCGCAAUGGCGCCUACACUGCCGCUGCAGUGGGUGCUGGCACAGGCGGCGGUGCAGCAGGACGCGGCCGCAGGUCCCCCAGGUGUUUGUAAAGAGUUGUCGGGGCCCUUGAGUGGUGGUGGGUGUCGUCUUUCUUCGGACGGACCGCACGGUGCAGUCGCAGCCACAGAGCACCAGCACCAGCUGCUCAGGGCAGCCAGCUGGACAAGCCCUGAUGCGGAGGUGCCGCCGGCACCAACGGCGCCAGGCGCAGCACCAGCAGCAGCAGCACAAGCCGCAUCACCGGCAGCAGGGGUGGGUCUGGACGCGGCAGUGGAGCUGGAAGGAGGAGGCAUGCAGGAGGAGCUGCAGCGGUGCGGCGGCGGCGGCUAUGAUGAUGGCGGCGCAAGCUUCGCGCUUGGCCACCACGGGCGGUCGGGCCUCGCCUGUGCCGGAGCGCCUGCCGCCACGGCGGCGCUACCGCCAGUUUCGAGUGCCCAGCACACGCUGCAAAAGCAGGACUCCCUGCCCGCGCACCUGCUGCCGACCAAGCGCCGGGCGCCGUCGGCGGAGCAGAAACCCUCGAUGUCUGCAGAUGGGCGAGGCCAGGCGUCGGGGGUGGGGGUAGCAGCAGGAGUUGAGCCCGCCGCAUUUGGCGCCAUGGUGGGGCUAGGUGACGGGGGCUGCGGUGUGCAGCACGCACUGCAGAACGGCCGAUGCGUACGGGCGCGCUCAGAGGACCCGCAGUGGCAGGCUACAGUGCCACCGCCACGUCAGCAGCAGCACCAUCCGCAGCCCUCCUGCCCAGUCGGCUGGACGGCGCAAGCGGUCGCUGCAGCGGCGGCUGCGGCACACGGCCGGCCGAGCGCGGUGUUCGUGAUGGAGGUGUUCCACCAACCGGCCCAUCCCUGGCGGCGUCAACAGCAGCAGCAACAACAGCAGCAGGAGGGACAAAAGCAACUGCACGGCUCCAAUCAUAGAGGCGACGAAGGAUGCGAUACAGGUGGCGCCGGCGGUGGUAGCGGGGACGGGGAAAUGGCGGCGUGGUAUCGGGAUCAGGUGGCGGCGGCGGCGCGGAUCAUCCUGUCGCUUGGGCAGCGGCUGGCGGAGGCGGAUGCGGAGCGGGGGGAGCUGCGGGCCCGACUGGAGGAGUCGGAGCGGCGGCUGGCGAUGGUGCGCGCGGCGUUGGUGGAAGGCGGCAAGGGCUGGGAGUGGCGUCAUGACAGGGUUCCCGGCGAGUAGUCGGGCGGUUGCACGUCGGAACUCGGAAGGGUAGCCAAGCUGCCUGCUCUUGAACUGUCGCGUGAAGCUUGUUUGCGAGUUAAUAAAAUCACCAUAUGUAUAGUCAGCGGCAAUAGCGCGGGGUUUAACCAUAGUUCGCGCUGCUGCGGGGUUCGUAGACCACUUCACGAC